UUUCGAACGGUUCUGUGGUUCCGAAUGUUUAAUGCGAAUAAAAAAUUAAGCGGCAAGAAAAAAUUUGUUUAGAUAUACUAGAGGUGAUAAAAAAACCAAAGAAAAAGAAACACAAAAACAAGUGAAGAGGAAACAAAACGAGAUAAGAAAAUACAAAUCCAAACAGGAAACAAAUGCCCUAAUUAAAAUAUUCGGAAAAAAGAAGAGGAGAUGAAAGUAAAAUGAAUGAAAAAUCUAAACAAAGUUUUCACCACCACUGUAAAGAUGUGAUGUGAAAUUAUUUUGAAUUUUACUUCAAAAUAAUAAAAAUUUGUGUUUGGGAAUAUUGAAAAUUUCCUGAUUAGAAUAAUAUUCAUUUUCAUCUAAACAAAAUAAAAAAGAAACAAAAAAAUCGAAAAGAAAAACAACAAAGAAUUCUUGUGAAACGUUGAAAGCAUUGCGCGAAGCUAGAAAAGUGUUAAAUUGCUCGCCUUCGAUGUUAUUCCGGCGCUGCUAAAUCUUUUCGGCAAAUAUUUGAAUUUUGUUUAUCUUAUCAACAAUUUAUGGAAAUUGCUUUGCAAUAAAUGUGUUAAAGUGUGUUUUUGUGUGUCGAUGUGUGUGUGGGUGCCGAGAGAUGUUGCUAAAAUUAAAUUUUGUUCAAAUCGCUACCCACCAACCACCAGAUGUUUAAUUCCUCCACUCCAAAGUUGAAAAUCAAAUUUAAAUAAAUUUUGCAAAAGUGAAAAACAAAUUCAUAACGAAUUUCAUCAAAAAAAGACCCCUGAAGUGAUGCCGGAAAAUUGUGGAAAAUUGCUAUGCAAAUAGUACAAAAUGGUUGUUAAGCAAUGAAUAGUUUUUGGUUGUUCGUGGAAUUUGUUGCAAAUGUGUCAUAAGCAAGAAAUAAGCAGCUUAAAUAAAAUAAUAAAUAAAUUAAACAAAUAAAUAACAACUGAAAUAAUACGAUUUAAAAAAUUUCGUGGCACAUGAAAACAGUUUGACAUGACCUAAAAAAUUACAACGCAGUAUGAAAUCAUCAGCUGUCCAGUGGAAAUUAAUGAAAUUCUGCAGAGGUGAAAAGAAUUAAGUGGCGUUAAAAAUAGCACAAUAAAAACAAUAACGAAGCGAGAGACCGGAAGUAACCAAGAAACAAGCGUUAUUAUUGUCCUUCCUGGAAUCGAAAUGGUCGAACUCAAACUAUUUGCAACUCUCAAAUAAAACAACAACAAAACCCUCCAUAAAAAUGUUUACAAAUAAAUGAAAAUUGGCAAUAUCAAAAAGGCUCAAACGCACCACACAAAAUAUCCGCUUUAUCGCAUAGACCCUCAAAAGGGUGGCAGGAUAACGUCUUCACCCACAAAAAAUAAAGAGAAACAUAAACGAAAAUUUUUAUGGGACGAACAUGAAAAGCCUUUACAAUGAAAUAAGCCAUUCGUUGCGUCGUCGUUGACACCGAGCCCAAAAACGCAGAGGAGGAGAAAAGGGUUAUUUGUCCCCAUUUAUGUUUUACUUUGCACGGGCAAAGAUAAAUACGGCCAUCCAAAUAUCCAACCACCCAUCUAGCCAACAUCAUAAGCCACCAGCAUCCCCCAGACGGCCUCUUGAGCCGUCCCAUUGAUGAGAAGCAGAGAGAAAAAGCCAAACCAUCAAACAUUCGGUUGACAGAAGCAAAUCGUUGUUGUCAUCACCAACGUUCGACAGAAACAACAAAAACAAAAUCAAUUUUUAUUUAAUGCCACAACCAACAACAAAAAAGCAAUUGUAAUCGAAGGAGAACGAGACCAGGAAAACGAAGCCCAUAAGGAUAUACUCCCAUAACCAUCAUACGUGGCCCACUGGAAGCUAUUUAAUAUUCACUUAUCUUUGUCUUUGUGUGACACAAAGUCUAACAGCAACAACAAUAUCAGCAGCAUCCCCCACGCCCGAGGACCACCUUCAACUUCGCCCCCAUCAUGGCAGUGCCCAUAGAUGAGGGCGUCUUAAGUGCCCUCAGGGGUAUCACCAGCCGCAAUACACGUCUGCCCAAACCGCUGCUAAUAAAAGUUUAUGUCUCCAGCUUGAAACAAGAAUUUUGCCAGGAGCGACGAAUGCUGUUGGAACUCGUCGGCCCCGAGCUACAGUCCAUGUACGAUGAUCGACAAAUCGAAAUUGAGUUUGUCGAUAUGCAUUUUGGUACCGGAUCCUUGGAUAUCACACAAGUCGAAAAGGAUCCAUAUAUUUUAGAGGAUUACCUGCACGAAAUCGAAGUGUGUCAUCAGAAUUCGAAAAGUGUCUUCUUUUUGGCCUUAAUAGGCGACAGCAUUGGUCGGAUGCCAUUACCCAUCCACUUGGAGAAGGAGAUCUACGAUAGCAUUGCGACAGAUGGCACUUUAACACACACAGAGCGUCAAUUAUUUGUCAAGUGGUAUUCGAUGGUGGCAUCAGAGGAUGGCACCGCCACAUCAUCCACAUCCGAUAACCAAGGCUCGACAUCGACUUCAUCGGCUGCCUUCAAAGGCAUUCAAUAUCAACUUAAACAGGACUAUCGCAACAUUGUUCUGGAAAAAUGGCACGAAGAGUAUGUACAGCUGCGUGACAUUAUUGAUAAAUGCCUUUUGCGUAUGCUUCGAAAUGGUGCGAUAGGAUGCGGAGGAGCAGGAGCAGGAAAUGCAACAACAACAUCCCCACUCACAGCCGAAAUGCAACAACGUUUGCAAACGUUGAGGCAAACACAAAUGGAACAGGAAGUGUUAAAAGCAUUGGAACUGUCAAAUGAGAAAAUACUGGCCGUCUAUCGUGAAUGGUCGUCGACACAAUUGACCGUCAAGGAUGCCGAAAGUGCGGAGCGUUUGAGCAAACUCAAAGAUCAAUUGACAAUGAAUUUAUCAACGGAUAAUUAUACAACAUUGGUAGUACCUGGUAACUGUUGUGAUACUGGCAUUGAUCCCGACAUUGAGGAACACGAAACCUAUUUGAGUAAAUUCAAGAAUAAAGUUUUCGACAAAUUGCGGCAUUUGAUUGAGGAGCACAUUGCCAAUGAUCCGGAUGUUAUAAAGGGCCGGAAAAAGACUGUACAGGAAAUUUUUCACGAACAUGCCACGCACUUGCGUAUCCUCAAGGAACACGAGGAUGCUGGGGCCAUUGUCACGUCCAAUGUACCCGAACGCUUGAAGAACAAUUUAAUGGCCAACUUUCGUAACGGCAGUCGCCACGCCCCCUAUUUCAUUUAUGGUGGGCAUGGCAGUGGCAAAAGUGCCAUUAUGACUGCCCUGUAUCGCGAUGUCAAGACUUGGUUCCAGCCGAAUUGUCGCAUACAUCGUGUCAUCCGUUUCGCCUCGGCCACACCCCGCUCAGCCUACAAUUUGGAACUACUGCGUGUCAUCUGCCAACAAAUUUCAAUUAUCUACAACAUACCCGAGGGGUAUCUGCCCAAGGAUGCCUCCUUCGAUCCGCUCUACAUUAACAAUUGGUUCCAGAAUCUGCUGCGACGCAUCGAGGACAUGAACAAUGAUGUCCUGUUUCUCUUCAUCGAUGAUCUGCAUCUGCUGAAUCCCCUCGACUGUGAUAUUGUUGCGGCCCUCUCCUGGUUGCCCACCUCAUUGCCGUGGAAUGUUCAGUUGAUUUUUUCCACCACAACGCCGGUGGAACAGUUGAAAUUCACGCCCAUGCAAAGGGAUCGUUUCAAGUCGACGGAAUAUCUCUUCGAUUUGUCGGUGGAGGAAAAUCGCACAGUGCUGAAGAAACAAUCAUUGGGAGACAAUAAUUUAUCCUUUUGUCAGUAUGUGGAGCAGCAGUUCGAUCAGCUGGAGAAGCGCUAUGGUCGUAAGGGUUUUGGACGAUUGGCAUCGUAUUUGACUCUCUCGGAGUUUGGUUUGUCGGAAACGGAGCUGUUGGAGUUACUCAUGCCCAUCGAGGAUCCGGAGGCCCAAAUCGAAACGGAAAAGGGGAACUUUUGUUUCUCGUCGCUGAAGAAGAUACACAAGGAAAUGAGUUUCCUCUUGCGCGACAAAAUCAUGUCGGCCAAGGUCUUAAUACACUGGCGUUAUCCUUACUGCAAGGAACUGACCCGCUCCCGCUAUUUGGACGCCAACAGCAUUCGAUCGAUGCACAUUGCCAUAGCAAAUAUAUUUUUCCCCGCCGAAAAUGAUGACCAGGACGAGGAGGAAGACGACGAUGAUGACGACAGCACGGAACGUGAUGGGGACAGCGAUCGCCAGUCAUUGGCCAGUCAGACGACCAUCAAAGAUAAGGACAACUCAUCGGCCGGUCGUAAAUCGUCGGCUCCCCAUCACAACGAUGACACGUCGACAUUUUACAAUCCCAUGGCCGCAGAUGUGUCGUACAGCAUGCGCCACGUUGAGGAGAGCUGGCAUCAUUUGAUGCGUUCCGAUGAUCUGGAUAAAUUCAAACAGAUCGCUGUGUGCAAUUUUGAUUUCCUACUGGCAGCGGUGCAAACUGUUUCCAUUAGCUACCUACGGUGUCUAAUAGAACAUGUACGCUGCUAUUUAUUGGAUCGUGAUAUCGAACUUAUCUACUAUACCAUACGCAAGUCGAGCGAUGUCCUGACACGUGACCCCAUGCAAUUGGGGGCCCAGCUAAUAGCCUGGUUAAGGCCAAUCAGCGAACAUGAUGAAAAUGACACAUCACUGUUGAGCAUGACAGUGCGUUCGGCCACGGCCUGGUGUGACGGCUACACGGUGCCACUGCUAGUGCCCCUCACCGGUUGGCUGCCGGCACCACUGCCAUCGCAGAUACGCACCAUGACCGUGUCCGGAACGGGGCCGAUACGUGACAUCUGUGUCGCCCCCACCAAGCAACACUUAAUUUUGGCCACCAAAUCCGGCGAUGUCCAGUUAUGGCACAUAAUGAGCAAUUCAUUGGAUCACAUAUUCAAAGGUCAUACAGCGGCAGUCACGUGCCUCCUGGUAGCACCACAAUCAGAUCUAUUAUUGACCGGUUCCGAAGAUGGUACCGUGAUUGUUUGGAACGUGACAUCGCGCGAAUUAAAGACGCACAUUAAGGCAAAUACUUCGAUUGUGACAAGUGUUGCUGCGGGCGUUAAUAACACAAUGGUCAUCAAUGGCAGCGAAGACUCAACGAUUGUCAUAUCGGAUAUCAGCAGUGGAAAAUUGCUACACAAAAUCACCCAUCAUCGGGCGGCCGUGACUGGUGUCAAAGUGGUGACCACUUGCGAUGUCCUGAUUUCGUCGAGUCAUGAUAAGACCAUCUGUUUGUGGUCAUUGGAUGAUUAUACCCUAUUGAACAGCAUGCAAAUGACCAGUCCGGUUCUGCGAAUUGACAUAUCAUGUGAUUCGGUAUUUUUGUUGGCACAUUGUGAUGACAAUAGUCUCUAUGUCAGGACCCUAGCAACCGGCAAGGAGCUUUACACUCUAAAGGGUCAUAAAUCUAGGAUACGCACCAUUUCCAUAGCCCGCGACAGUCAACGAGCCGUGGUCGGCUGUGAAGAUACCCGAGCACUGAUCUACGACAUGCAUUCGGGACGUUUAAUACGAUCAAUGCCCCCAAAUCCAGGACCCGUUACCGCCCUCUAUGCCAUGGACAAUGAUGACUUCCUCAUAACGGUGGGUGGCAACAAAAUCACCUUCUAUUCGUUCCGCAACGAAGAGCUUUACGUCCAUCCCUAUUCGCACAAUCAGAAGCGAAAGCGUUCGCUGAAGCGGGCCACCCAGACACAGCGCUCACCCUCGACCACAUUGCCGCCGAUUACGUGUUUCGAUGUGUCGCGGGACUCCCAGCUGGUGGCCAUAGCCUCCGGGCGUCAUGUGCACAUAAUGCAAAUCAAUACCCCCGAAUAUCAGACCACCUACGAUGGACAUGCGGCGCCAAUUACCUGUUUGAUGUUUGCCCCCAAUGGAGAGUAUCUGGCCACCGGGUCCGAUGAUCGCAUGGUCCACGUUUGGAGUUUGGCAAGUGGUUCCAUAGCCAAUACCUUCAAGGGUCAUGUGGCGCCCAUAUGCAGUGUGGUUGUCCUUAUGGAUUCACGCCGUAUCAUGUCCUCGGAUCGUGAUGGUCUGAUCUAUGUCUGGAUGUCGGUUGGUGGAAAUCUGUUGCAGACCAUCCAGGGACCCUACAAAUUCCUGGCAGCCACAAAUAACAUGAAAUUUGCCGUGUCCACAAAUGGCGAUAAUACACUCAAGAUAUGGUCCCUGACGCGGGAGGAUGAAAAGUACUCGGUCUCACAUUCCGAUGAGAUUACCUGUUUCACCAUCACCGCCGAUAGUUUGUACAUUAUAACUGGUUCGCGGGAUAUGUCGCUAAAGGUGUGGCAGGCCACAGGGGGGAAAUUGGCACAAGUUUUGGUGGGCCACUCGGAUGCAGUGACCUGUGUGGCAGUGUCGGUGACAAAUAAAACCCAGGUCACGUCGGGUUCGAAGGACACAAAUUUAAUUAUCUGGGAUCUGCAUACCGGCGAAGAGAUCCACACCCUGGCAGGUCAUUUGGCCCCCGUAAUUGGUGUUAAAGUUUCGGCAGAUGGUUCUACCGCCGUAUCGGGUAGUGAUGAUAAGACUCUCAUUGUAUGGGAGACGAAGAGAGGUCUGGCUUUGACCUCGUUGCAGCUGCAUGUACCCUUCCCCCGCUUCGAUAUUAGCAUGGAUUGUUCGAGGAUAUUGGUCCAGCUGGUGGAUAGCUUCAAUUUACCCGUUAUAUGUCUUCAUAACACCCCGGCUCAGUAUAUCAAGUUGCCCACGUAUUCAGCACCCGCCCGUGAUGUGGAAGAUUUACGACCCCAAGGCCCCAAGCGACAAAUGAAACGCCUCCUCAAGAAGGAAGUUUCGCUGGACACCUAUACCUGGCAAAAGAAAUACGGACAUUUGACCGCAUCGGUGAUGAUGGCCCAGGUGGAUGAGCGGUUAAAACGACGAUUCUCCGUGUCGGCCAGUAUGGAAGAGAUUUCGAAAAUUGCCGAAAUGAAAACGAUAACAUCCCAAACGAAUUUGGGUCCCGAACAGGCUGCCCUCGCCCAGUCACAGCAUUUCGAUCAAUUGGAGGCAUUGUGGAACAAAAGGUCACCGCCGCGUAGAAGACAUAAUGCGGGUCUCUCGAGACAGACUUCAUUGGUCGAGGAUCGUCUGGAGAGUUCGGAUGACGAUGACUAUCACGAUGAGCGCACAGGUAUGUUGUCAGCAUCCUACGAUCAAAUCCAUAGAUUAGCCCUACCGAACUCAAGCAUGCCCACACCGCCACCCUCACCAACUCCGGCACGUUUACGGCCCGUUUCUAUGCACGCAUGGAUCACCAGUAGUUACAAGGCACUAAAUUUCCAUAGCAAUCACAACAACAACAACAACAACAACAAUCAUCACAAUCAAAAACAACAACAACAAAAACUCCAUACCAACAACCAAAAUUGUAGCAACAACCGUACCCCACCUCCCUCACCCCAUCAUCGCAAUCAUAAAACUCAGAAUCUGGCUACAUCCCAGAAUUCCCAUCUUAGUACCCCCAAAUCCCCCCACCACCAGCAGCAACAACAACACCAUGUCCAUCACACUGCUACCCAAACUCAUUAUUCGAUGACCUCUCAAAAUCUCAAUGGGCGGGGAAAAUCCCAUCAACAGACCCCCGAUUUGGUGCAGGAUAUCGAAUGCAAUUUCCAAGAUACCCUGGCCCAGGAUCGUCGCCAACGUUUGCGUAGCUUUUUCCGUUGGCGCAGUCUUAAAUCCCGGCUAAUGGCCACACGUCAGUGUCAGUCAUUGCAACCCCAUACCUUGAAUAAUCUCAAUGUACCGAAAAUGGUGGAGACACAAACCCAGACGGCAAAGCCGGUCUCUCGAAACUCCAGUCACUCAAAACUCCAAAACAAAGUCCCCACCCCCAUUAUAAUUGUGGAGAAUUACGAUUCACGCAUUGUGAAGCGGGUUCACACCCAGUUAGUGUUACAUCCUCGCAGUACACAGGCCACCUGGGGCCACAUGGCCAAUGAGGUGAACACCCAUUCAACGAAAAUUGAAUAUCAAAAUAUCAGCAACAAUAACAAUAAUGAUGUUGAAAAUCUCUCCAACAUGAAUUCGAGUAGUAUUUGGUCGCGCAAAUGGCAUUUAUGGAAAUCGAAUAGGUCCACUUCCCAUGUAGCUCCCAUGCAGGAGGUCCAACCUGAUGAGGAGAGCAAUACAUCAUCGUUGCUAGCCAACGAUGGAGGCUUUUGUGGUUCGGCCGCACGAAGUCGUAACAAAAAUAAGAGUUCCUCCUCCAACACGAAUACAAGUUCGAAUAGUUCCAAUUGUAUAACGCAAUAGUUCCUCAGUCGCCAAAUUGCACUCUUCUCGCAGUAAUUAACAUUUCUUUCUACUUAGAGAGAGAGAGUGAGAGAGUUUAAGGUUCAAUACUUAGAUCAGAAGGUAGAUUAUUAUUAUUUCAAAUUACCUCCCGGACCUUGAAAAGGCUUUAUAACACGAAGAUUUAGAAAAGAGAGAGAGAGAGGAAGAAGUAGGGAAAUAGAUAUAACAUUGUAGACUCAUUGAAGAUAUUCCAUUUGCAGAAGCCCCUGAGAUCCUCCUUUCUAGGGAUCUGCUUUACAUAGAAGAAUGAAAUGAGAGAUAUUUAAAGUUUUCCAUGAAAAAGAAAAUUUCCAUAGAAUAGAAAUUCUCAAGAAGGUUUACCGAAAUCCUUC